AUGGAGCUGCCUUUGCUGACCACGGAGCAUCUCUCAAAGCUAGUGGCCUCCAACGCUCCACCGUCCCAACUCUUCGAGGCCCUGUCGCGAUAUGAGCUUCAAGCAUGCCUCAUUUCUACCAGGGGUGACAGUGCUAACACAGGCGGUAGUGACUCUACACUAUUGAGCCUAUUCUACUCGAGCUUCUUUCUCAUCCAUCUUCUUACCGACCAAGUGUCUGAAGCUCGUGCCUUAACGAAACGAAUUCCUGAAGCACUGCUGCAACAGGAUCCUUCUCUACAGAACUGCUUGACUUUACUGCGAGCGGUAUGGCAGACUCAACACGGCCAGGUCUACCAGGUACUCCGAGGACUACCAUGGCCAGACGUUUUGCAGCCAUUGGUUCGGAGAUAUGAGAGUUUCUUCCAAGACAAGACUUUGAUCGCAGUGAGCAGAUCCUACGAAGCUAUACGACUAGCGACAGCAGCAACCCACCUUGGUCUUGACCAAAAUCUUGCCAAAGAGGAAGAUCCAAACAUAAUAUCGAAUUUCACGAAAUAUGGAUGGACAUGGGAUCCGGAAUCAAAGCUGCUGUAUACCAAACCUAUCGUUGUAUCGCUCGCGGAGCCUCAGUCUUCCAACGGGAUCCAUAAGGCAAUGGCAAUGCUGGGAACGCGUGCAGGGUAA